AUGGCGAACAAUACUAUAGACCCAGAGUACGAUCUAUUGACAAACCUGUCCACUUCCAAAAGAAUAGGUUCCGAUGUCCUUCAAGAAUUAAACUCCAGAACAAAAUCUAAAUUACACCCUUCAUCAAACAUCUACACCACCAACCAUACCUCGGUACUUUUCACCCCAAACAAGAGAACUCCGCUCAAUCACAUAGAUAACCCAGACACUGUGAAACGAUUGAAAUUGGAGGAACCCACCGACACCAUCGCCAAACACAAUCAAAUCAAUGAGAUCACUCGACGAAUUAGAAAACUUAGGUUAAGAACAAACGGUCUCACAACACCUUCUGCAUCCUCCUCAGAUCAUCUAGACAAAUCAGAAAAGAUUAAGAAUUCUCAAUCUCGAAAAAAACGAUUGUCCAUCCAACCAAUCCAAAUGCCAACCCAACCCAUUUCACAGCCCAUUGCACAACCCAUGGCCCAAAAGCCUUCAUCUAAUGACACGUAUCUAUCAGCAAAACUAUUACUUUCCUCGUUAAACACGCAAAAAACUCACUCCACUCCACUUUCCAAUGACAAACAAUUUAAUAGCAAGCCUGCUUCAGAUUCACUCUCACUACUACAUUCCAUAGACACUACCUUACCUACGUCCCCCAUUGCAACUCAAAAAAUUACACCCAUUGCUCAUCAAAAGAUACGAAACAACACCAACCAAAGGAAACCCCCCACUCCAUCAGUCUUUGAAAGACUUUAUUCACAAUCCAAAUCCACAAUCACAACUACUCCCACAACAAACUCUCACAUGUCAAGAAGUUCCACUCUUAAUAAUUUAUCCUCUCGUUCUAUCUCAUCAAAUUCUACAAGAUUACCAAGAAGUACCACCUCGUAUAACAUCAAUUCAAGAAUACCCUCACAAACUAUUAACUCAGGAAUACCCUCCUCCCAUACGAUCAACUCAGGAAUACCCUCCUCCCAUACGAUCAACUCAGGAAUACCCUCCUCCCAUACGAUCAACUCAGGAAUACCCUCCUCCCAUUCGAUCAACUCAAGAAUACCCUCCCAUACGAUCAACUCAAGAAUACCCAGUACAUCCUCUACUUCAACCACUCGUACUCUCCCCAAGAGUAGCACAAUGAACAAUUUGGCUCACACCGUUACUCAUACUCGAAUAAAUUCAACAACACGUAUCCCCACUAAACCUUUGAAAAAAAGUACCACUACAGCAAACUUACGUUCAGCAAGUUUACCUUCAAAUACAACUUCAAGCUCUCGCCCCGCUUGGAGAUGA